GGCGGCAAGCCGUUGCAAAGAGGCCUUGGACUUUCUUCAAGACAGGAUCAACCGCAAUUUAAAAGUCCGGAAACGACACUUCACAGAUGUGAAGACAAAUAUGGCAUCAACAUUCUACUGGUCCCUGCCCAUCCGAGCGUCCUUUGUGGAGUAUAUGACCCAAGCGGGAUGGAAGAUACAGACCUGUGAGACUGAGGCCGACGUCGCGAUCGCUCGGGACUGCGAACCAGGCGACAUUGUUGUUUCUGCAGAUAGCGACAUGAUGGCCUACCCCAGUAUCUCAACCUUAUGGCGUCCUAUCGCCAGGAACUUGAUCUUGGUAUACAAUCUGAAGGACGCCCGUCGCACUCUCGACUUCUCAGAGGCCCAACUCACAGCCCUUGCAGUUGUAUCUGGCAACGAUUACGGCAAGAGCAUCUACUCGCUUGGUGCAGCUACCAAUUACUCUGUUAUCAAAGCCAUCCGAGACAAAGGUAUUUUAUAUUGGUGUGUGUGACAGAGUUAGACUUUGACCUUUAACUAACUAAAUAUUGUUUGCCACUCUUUUUAGACAC